GCAGAGUCAGCUGUUGUGAGGGAGACGCCGCCGCCACCUCCUAGUAACACUACCAAAACUUGUACUUAAACCACCAUUAUCACGGUUAUUACAUUGUUGAGGUGUAGUGAAGAUGGGUGUGGAAGUGAGAAAGAUGAGACCUACACGCUACGCUCACUAUGAAGGUCUUACACAUGUAUGCUACUCUGAUGAUGGCAGAUACGUGAUAACAUGUGGCACCGACGGUGAGGUGCGCAUUUUUGAGGGACUCGAUGAUGAUGACUGCAGGACCCACGUUGUUGCUGAGUGUGCCUCGGCUAUUGCCUAUCGGGUGAGAAUUUGGAAAGGUGGUUUCCAUAACUUGUUAACAAUGUUGUUGACAGUUACAAAGUCAGUUUUUCUCAAGUGUUGAAAUUACUCACAAAUGAGUCAUAGUCCAGUGUGAGAAUA